GUGGCAACCGGAAGUGCGGGGAGAGCGGGAGCGGAAGGGAGUCAGUCAGUCUCUGAGAGAGAGAGAGAGAGAGGGAAAUGUCGGGCGGAGGGAUGAGCAGUAUCGAGGCGGUGAAACGUAAGAUCCAGGUGCUGCAGCAGCAGGCGGAUGAGGCGGAGGAGAAAUCCGAGCGGCUCUGCCGGGAUCUGGAGGGAGAGAAACGGGCCCGGGAGACGGCUGAAGCCGAGGUUGCCUCUCUGAACCGCCGUAUCCAGUUAGUAGAGGAAGAACUGGACCGGGCCCAAGAGCGCCUCUCUACUGCACUACAGAAACUGGAGGAGGCAGAGAAGACGGCUGAUGAAAGCGAGAGGGGGAUGAAGGUGAUUGAAAACAGAGCCCUGAAAGAUGAGGAGAAAAUGGAGCUGCAGGAAAUCCAGCUGAAAGAAGCCAAACAUAUAGCAGAAGAAGCAGACAGGAAAUAUGAGGAGGUGGCCCGGAAGCUGGUCAUUAUCGAGGGGGACCUCGAACGCACGGAGGAGCGGGCAGAACUGGCCGAGUCCAAAUGUGCCGAGCUGGAGGAGGAGCUGAAAAAUGUCACCAACAACCUGAAGUCCUUAGAGGCUCAGGCUGAGAAGUACUCCAAAAAGGAAGAUAAAUAUGAGGAGGAAAUCAAGAUUCUGACUGACAAGCUCAAAGAGGCUGAGACCAGAGCGGAGUUUGCCGAGCGGUCCGUGGCCAAGCUUGAGAAGACCAUCGAUGAUUUGGAAGAGCGACUGUACUGCCAAAUGGAGAAGAACCGGCUUCUCUCCUGUGAGCUGAAGGUCACCCUUCAUGACCUGUGUGAUUGAGCCCCGGCUCUCCGUUCCCAUCCGGGGGCCCCCCCGCGAGUCUGGGCGGCGGUGGGCGGAGCGUACGGGGCAAGGGGGCGGCGGCUAUGGAACUGUACCUUGUGGCAUGACUUCCCUCUUGUUGUAUCUCUAAGGAAUGGAACUGAUUUGUCUCCUCUGUGCCGGGGCCCCUCCCCACGUAUUAAUAAGGUGCAUGCCUAUUGGCCCCCGGGGGCAGGAACAGCUUCUCUAUUCGUUACCUCCGUGGGGAACGGUCACUGUAGCUCCUCAGUUUGUGGGAGUUCCAAAAUGGCCGCCACCGUUAUAUCCCUUUUCAUCAGAAAGGCAUUAGCGCUGACCUUGGCCUCGUACCCCUUUGGGGUUCUGUAGGUUGGGGGGCCACUGUAGAGCCUUCUGGGGUUACUAUGUAAAGUAGUAACUUUUUAUUGCACUUUAAGAAGAAAGAGCGCCACCUGCUGACGUACCCACAGUAAGGGCAGUAAUGUAGCUAUGGGGGCAGGUAGCCCCCUCUAUUCCUUAUGGUGAAGCCUGUGGCCCUAUUAUAUAACGGGGUGUUGCACAUAGGCCACGUCAUAUACAUUUUAUAUAAGAAGUUCCCUCCCACCUGUGUAAUCAUUGGGCGGGGCAAGGUCUUUACUUCCUGCCUGGCUAAAACACAGCAGUCCAGUCUUGCUUUACGGCAGGGAUUCUGAAUCGGUUCAGACCUGUAGUCUCCCUUUAUACGUAUCAAACCCUGUAGCUACUCGGUCACUGGCCGGGGGUCAGCGGGUUUAGACUGCCCGACGCUCUCGUGGAAUCUCGUAUGAUAGUGGCAGAACGUUCUCUCAUACAAUAGUAGUAUGAGUGCUACCGGCCCUUUAAGACACGGGUGCAGGCAGCAGCAUUGCGUCCGUCCCAGCAUGGGGGGGGGGGUAACUAGGAACAAGGCAGCCCCUUCAUACUGUGUUGUAUUAGUGCCUGUGCCAAGCUUGUACCCUGCGCCGCCCUCGCGUGUUGGCAUCUUUACUUGCCCUUUACUUGGAAAUGACCUAAUAAAAUCCCGUGUUGAAAUGCA